CCAGGUGCAAUGGAUGGUCUCAUACGUAUUGCUCGAUGGUAGGUACUCUGUCAGUCGGUAUGGCAACAAGUGGGGUUGUUCUCUUCAAAGCGAGUAAGCAUUUCUCAGAGAGAUUAUGCUCCAUCCCCUACGGUUCAAACUCCAGUAGAUUUUCCCAAACUUCAGGUCCCUCUGAAUCGCCCACACGUUGAACAAGAUUCUCGAGCCUCGGCGGAUCUGGCCACGCGGAAGGUCACGUCCCGGGGCACUAGGAACGGAACAGGUGGAUUGAACCGGAGGGUCUCCUUUAUGAAUGCAUCCAAAUACAGCAGCUUGGGCAAAUGAAACUCCUCCACAACGUUCUGUUUUCCAACCACUACCUCAAUUUCUUCACGGGAUCUUCUCAUUUUCUGCUGCUGCUGCAGCAUUUCUGUCAGUGUCCGCUCCACUGUGGCGGUCAACGUAUUCGGAGCAGCGACAACAGCGUCCUGUUCACGAAGAUAAAUGCAUCCAAACGAAAAAAGUUCAAAAUAUGGAAAACAGAAUCCAAUCGACCAAGGACAGGGAAGGAGUCAGAAAUGUUGGGUUUUCCGAGCAAUUCGACGGUUCCAUCGACUACCUGCUUGAACUCAGGCCCAAUUCUAUCCCUUUCCUUUCCAUGCGACAAACCACCCCAUUAUUAACAUGCUCGUCAUCAAGCGCAGUGCCGAACGUCACCGUUAGCAACAACUGCGUCGUGGUCUUUGAGGACGGUUUUGUUAAGCCAAGGGGAGCUUAUGACGAUGAAGAUUUUGCGACCCAGUUGAAGCUUCGUGAUAGGACCGUAAGUUUGAAACUUGGCGAAGUAGUGGUAGAAAUCAGGUUGAAGAAAUGGGAUGUUUCCUAGUAGAGGCAGGGCUGGAGGACCGGACCAGUGGUGGUGUGCUGCCUCUAGUUGAUUUCUUUGUAUCGCUGCGUGCCAUGAAAUGGCUAGUGAUAAUUUAGUAUCAUACAAAUUUAAAUUUUUUUUAUUUUAAUCUUAAGUUAAAAAUUUUAAAUUAAUAAAUAUUAAUUUAAUUA